AUGGAGCGGAACUGUGCGCGGGCUGGGCCUUCUGAACUGACGCAUUGGGUCUGUGAUGAUUGUGGCGAGGAGCGGGAGAAGCAGAGGGUGGAAAGGGAGAGUGUGUUGGCGGAGCAGGAGGUGGAGGAGGCUAGGCUGGCUGGGAUGGGAAUUCAAGAUGCUGAGCGUAAGGCGUGUGGAGGAAGAUGA